GUGUCCGCUGAGGGCGCGCUGAUCCGGGAGCCGCUCUGCUGGAGAGGAAGCUGGAGGGUUAAAGGGUUUGGUGUGUAUUGUGGAGGACAUUCAGGAAAGUUUUGCCACAGACUGCAGUGUGAACUGCUGUGUUGACGGACUGUACUCCGGGGCGCGGCUAGGUUACCCGCCGUGAUCCAGGCGAGUUUUAAACACCGCCGAGCGGUAGACGGGGGACGGCGGGCGGAGGGGAGGCGCUCGGCGGGUUGUCAGGCUAGCGUUAGUAGCUGAGCGGAAGCAGUAGGUUGUAUCCGGGGUGACUGGUGGAUUUGUUUGGAUCUGUUGAUUGUCCAACCUUUAUCUACAUUGCAUAGCUCUUAGUUUUGAAGACUUGCACCUGCACACUGACCUUAGGAAGAAAAAACUUGGGUCAGAGGCCAGUUCUUCAAAGACUGAAUGGUGUGCCCUCAACAUGUCCACUGACAGAGAGCCAUGUGUUACUGCUAAACUCUUCCACCUCAUCUUCCUUUCCACCUUUUGGGGCAUGCAGAUAUGGGUCACGUUUAUCUCUGGCUUUGUGAUGGACAACCAUCUGAACAGGCACACAUAUGGCUUUAUUCAGAGUCGACUGUUCCCCUUCUACCUGCACAUCGGCUCAGCAUGUGCCUUCUUCAACCUUACCAUUUUCGCCAUGUACCACCCCAGUGACCUUCUCACUGACAAAGAGGCAUUUCAGAUCUUCAUUUUCUUUGUAUGUGUGACUGUGGCAGCAGUGAAUGCCCAGUGGUUUGGCCAGUUGACCUCUGAGAUCAUGGCAGAUAUGCACAUGAUUGAACAGGCCUGCGGACUGGGCCAGGACAUUGGGCUGUCAUCCAACCGAGAGGCCUACUCCAAACUGUGUGACACAGACCCCAAGUACAAACGACUGAGCAGCCGGCUGUGGCUCUACCACCUGCUGUCUUCCCUAUGUAACCUGUGCUGUAUUGUGUGUAAUGGCUACAGCCUUUACUACCUAGCAGAAAACCUCACUACACUGUGAAGUCUAGAGGUCAUGAACUCACAAUGCAAACCAAUCCAAGGCUGUCAAGGUAUACAACCUGGACAAACAUUUAAGUACAAGCAUUCUUAGGUACUGUCUCUGUGGCCUGCCUUGUCUGAUUUUUGGUACUAUUUUGUUGUUAAUAUUUCAUGUUCCUUUUUAAUACUUUGCUGCUGACGAGAAAAAAAAAAAAAACAGAUUUAAAGAAUGGAAUAAUGUUGUUAAUGGAUUUUUUUUCUAAGGAAUUUCUUAAUAAAAUUUACACAAAAUGUAAAGCAGUGUGCACUUAGUGCAAAUAAUUGCAGGAUCAACAAUAUUUAGAUAACAUGGAGAUGAAUGGGACUGUAUAUAAAAAGCUAAUUACUUAAAUAAUAGAAAAGUAUCCUGUUAAAACUGUAACAUCAUACAUAGUUUACAGGUAAAGCAAAUAGAACAGAUGUUAAGAUCUACUAAAAAAGAAAAAAAAAAUGAAAAGGUUUUUUUUUCUUUGUUUGAUUUAUCCGUAUAUAGAUUUGUAGUCUACCUGAAUCUCAUAUUCAAUCAACUUUUAAUAGGCUAUAUGACAGAAAUCAUUAUAUACUAAAAAUAUGUUGACAAUAUACUAUACAAUAUGUAUUUGUAGCAGUUUCACAACAACUAGUUGUUUAAAAAAUAGACCCAAUAUUGUAAAAAAGUUAAGAGAAGUCCUAACAAAAAUUCUAUUUUUAAGCUUCAGAAUUGUUUACCUUAUGUCCUCCUAAAAUGGAAUGAAUCACAAAUAAGAAAAAUACUGCUAAAUGUCACAACCUUUUCAAAGAACCUCUCCUUGUAUAAAAUGUCUCUGCAACAGAUAUGGUUUAUUAUAGAACCAGAAUUUAGAAGUUAUCUAUGGCAUCGCUCUACAAACCAUUUGUACCACAUUUUUUUUAAAAGCACACUCUUAAAUAUACACACAGCAGUUUUAUAUAGGGUUUUACCAACAGCACAAAAAAACAUUCAACAGGAUUAACUACACUCUCUUUGGAAUGCAACUUGCAGUAAAUCAGUAUGCUGUACCUAAUAGCAGUAUUUUUUUUUGUUACCUAUAAACAUUUACUUAUUGACCUGUUGAUACAGGAGUAUGAGUUGAGGCAAUGAAGGAAAGCUAUCACCUGGAGCUGGUAUCUUAGGACUGAGGACAGUACAAAAUCUUACUGCCAUAAAGUGUGAAUGCCCAUGUAAGUGCUUUUUCCUCACUGAGACUUAUUUGUUCUGAGGCUUUUGCUGAGGUUCAGAGCCCCUUGUGCAUUGCUACAUUCAAAACAGGAUUUUUUGGUUGUAGUAGAUUGUUCUAGCUGUGUUCGAGCACCUAAAUCGAGUUGUACUGGUCAUGCAGGCCUGACCGGCUAACCUGCAGUAGCUGAUUUAUGCACACGCACAUCAGCAAUGCAGUAAUACACAGUACAUGUUAAGGUUAUUAUAUAGUCUCAUUACUGAUACAGGACUGCUUAAUUCGUGUGGACCGUUUUUUUUUUCAGCUGUAAAACGUACAUGCUCUGAUCUACAGUCAUAAGCUGAAGUAUGAGAUUAUUAAUUUUAUAUUGUUUAAAAUGUAACUUAGGCUGUAGAACACCUCACUCUACAGUAUGUAUGUGACAAUCUGACAAAUCACUUUCAUUACAGUUGAAAUACUAUGCAAUGUAAAAAAUGUUUUUACAUAAUGGUGUACUUACACAAUGAGGCUGUUGAGGCUUUGAAUGCAUCCCAUUUAGGGUUCUUGUAUAUAAAGUCAAUGCAUAUGAGCCGGCAGCUAAUUUAAAACUUACUUUAGUACUUUCAUAUAGUGUUUGAUGUCAAUAGAAGUAAAUGAACGAGUAUGUGCUUAUGCCCAGUCUUUAAUCAUAUUUAAACACUAUUGAUGACCAGUAUGAGUUCGGUGCAGCAGAAUUAGGCAUUAUUGAUGCUGUGGCUAUAUGAUUUUUAUGGUGUUGAGUUGGGUUUGUAUUGUCUGGAAAGGUGAAUAUUAGUACAAUAUAUAAAAAUGUGAGUUAACGAGUUUCCAAAUUUACCAUCUUCAAUUCUGAUAAUAAAGGUUGCACCCAUCACAAUUUUUUUUUCAAAUAACACUAGGGGAUGUUGAGCUUACAUGUGUUCAUUGUACUGGUUAGUUAUUUAUUCUAAUAAUGAUUGUGCCUGUAUAACUUUUUAAUAAUAAAACACAUUAAAAUAAGAAGGCUGGUACUAAACAA